AUGUCUAGCAACCGCACCAAUAGUCUAGCUUCAUCAGGACCUCACACCAACCGUCGAGCGCUCGCAAAAGACUCUCACGUCUCAGUCACUCGGGGAGAAGACUCGAGUCAGCAAAUGCAAAAAAAGCCUACGCCGAUAAUAGACCCGGGCACUGGAAGGAGUUUUAGCUUGGGUUCAAUGCCACCUUCCAUGAGACAUCGAAUCGUCGCUCAAGGAUGUCAACUGCAAUACAACCAGCGAAAGCCUCUAAUACUGCAUGCAGGUGCAGGAAAACACUCUGCUAGACGGCUAAUGCCUGAGGGAGAUCCUCAGGCGCCGCAUCCUGCUAGAUUUUCAGACUAUCUGCAGCACAACCCGAGAAGGCCAUCGAUGCUGGAUAUGGAUGAACCACAGCAGUCCGUUAGACAUCGAAUGCUCGAAGGGGAAUGCCGACUGCCGUAUACUGCGCAACAGAACCAGCAACGGCCAUCGAUGCUUAAAGUAGGUAGACUGCAGCAGUCGGUGAGACGACAAAGACCAGCGAGAAAUCUCAGAAUGCUAAGUUCUCCCGGCUUCCCAGACAGUACGCGAGGAGAUCAGCAAAUGGUUUCACCGUCCAAUGUCGACCAAAGGGAGAGAGGGCAUGCUGCAAGGAAAGCUCCGCCGGCGCACGAGGGCUUAGGCAUGCAGGCAUCAUCUGUUAUGCCACAGCAAAAGCCCGGAAUCGGCUCCUACCGGACCAGUAAGAAAGGAGCCUCACACACGACAGUGGCAAUCAGUACGGCCGGUGGAGGUCCUUAUACCUCAAUUCCCCGUUCUAGUCCUCGCUGGCCACCCGUUCCUAAGGGGGCCACCGGAAGUGCAAGGAUGGUUGGAUCAAGUCCCGUGCAGGAUACCCGACCGCAAGCACUAGAAACCGAGGCCCCACAGAGACGAUUGGCGACUGUCAAGCAAUCACACACAACGUCAAGAGCCAGUAACCUGACGACAAAGGGGGGAGAACACCAAACUGUGGAUGCCCUCGAACAGCAGAUGGGUUGGGGUUGGGGCUGGCCGUUCCCAUUUAGAGGGAGGCGGCCAUUCGGGAGGGGAGGGCACCUGGGUGGGCCCACGGUUGGGGCCACGGGAGGGCUCAACAAUGCUAAGGGGGGGUACAAAUUCAGGUCUAUUCUUGGCAGCAUUUGGAGAAAGGGGGGGAAAGAAGAGAACGAGGAGACGGAGCGGAAAGAAGAGGAUGGGGUGAGGGAAAUGCCCAGAAACCUUUCGAGGUACCGGCUAGGCCAAAUUAACGAAGUGUCGAUGUUGUCACUCGAGUGGGUCGGGAAGUGUAAUGGGGAAGGGUCCACCAUCACAAACAACGUUGAGCAGGAGCGAAGGAUAGAAAGAAAGCGAGGAGAACAGAAUCUACGAGAGGAUUAUAGAGCAGCACGAACUCGUUCCACCUCUCCAUUCCUACGAUCACCAGCAAUCCCGGCGUCAGCACGACUUACAGAACAUUCGUGGCUUGCCUCACAAAUCGACCAAUGGGCACAAAGUCCUCAGCAAUUCCGAAAGGUAGAAGUUGAAGUACCGGAAGGAGUGAAUGUGGAGUAUGCCAGGUAUUCUCUUCAGCAGGUGGGACAGGUAAUGGCCUACGGCCCAAGGACUAGGAGUCCUCAAGGCAACCUAGCUCAAACCUUACACUCCCACAACAGGCGGGAUGCAAUAAAUCACACCCACUGCGAAGAGCCCAGAGAGGAAGGCGCACAGAGGAGAGGGGCAUCCCAAGCCAUGCCAGGGUUUUCGACAAUGGAAAAGUGGGAAGCCGAGGUGGCGCAGCACUCAAGGUAUGGAGUAUCAACACCGAGACCGUCCGGAGUGAGAGAGGUGUGA